AUGUCGCAAAAGUCGCCAUUAGAGGAGUAUGCCGAGCGGGCGAGGCGCUUUGCUCUGCAGAACCGUCGCCGAGUUCCUUUCGGUGGUGCAGGUGGUGGCGGCGGUAACCCUCUGGGUCUUGCCGCCCUCGCCUUCUUCGGUAUUGGCGGUGCCAUAUUAUUCCAGAACUCGCUCUUCAACGUCGAUGGUGGUCACCGAGCGAUCAAGUACAGAAGAGUCAGCGGUGUCAGCAAGGAGAUCUACAGUGAAGGUACUCACUUGAUGAUCCCCUGGUUCGAGACACCUGUCACAUACGAUGUGCGAGCGAAGCCGAGAAAUGUCUCCUCCCUGACCGGUACAAAGGACUUGCAAAUGGUCAACAUCACAUGCCGUGUGCUGUCAAGGCCAGAGGUUGCCGCCCUUCCUCAAAUCUACAGAACGUUAGGGCAGGACUACGAUGAGCGCGUCCUUCCGUCCAUCGUCAACGAGGUGCUGAAGAGCGUUGUCGCUCAGUUCAACGCCAGUCAGCUGAUCACACAACGUGAGAUGGUCGCCAAACUAGUACGGGAGAACUUGUCAAGGAGAGCUGAGAGAUUCAACAUUCUGCUCGAUGAUGUUUCGCUUACUCACCUUGCCUUCUCUCCCGAGUUCACGGCAGCUGUGGAGGCCAAGCAGGUUGCCCAGCAGGAGGCGCAGAGAGCCGCCUUUGUCGUUGACAAGGCUCGGCAGGAGAAGCAAGCCAUGGUCGUCAGGGCACAGGGUGAGGCUCGUUCGGCAGAGCUCAUCGGAGAAGCCGUCAAGAAGAGCAAGGCCUACUUGGAGCUGAAGAAGAUCGAGAACGCCCGUAUCAUCGCAACACAGCUGCAAGAGGCUGGAGGCAGGAACCGGCUCAUGCUCGACUCAGAGGGUCUCGGUCUGAAUGUAUUUGGCGACGAUGCAAGCAAGAAGUCAUAG